CCAAUGAGAACUUUCUACACCCCCAGCAACUCCAGCACCAUCACUGGCUUUGUCCUCCUGGGCUUUCCCAGCCCCAGAGAGGGGCAGAUCCUCCUCUUUGUGCUCUUCUCUGCUGUCUACCUCCUCACCCUCAUGGGCAAUGCUUCCAUCAUCUGCGCCGUGUGCUGGGAUCAGAGACUACACACACCCAUGUACAUCCUUCUGGCCAAUUUCUCUUUCCUGGAGAUCUGGUAUGUCACCUCCACAGUCCCCAACAUGUUGGUCAACUUCCUUUCUGACUCCAAGGUCAUCUCCUUCUCUGGCUGCUUCCUCCAGUUCUAUUUCUUCUUUUCCUUGGGUUCCACGGAAUGCUUCUUCCUGGCAGUUAUGGCAUUUGAUCGCUACCUUGCCAUCUGCAGGCCUCUGCACUACCCUUCCAUUAUGACACGACGUCUCUGCACCAAUCUUAUAAUCAGCUGCUGGGUACUUGGUUUCCUCUGGUUCCCAGUCCCCAUCACCAUCAUUUCUCAGAUGUCCUUCUGUGGCUCCAGGAUAAUUGAUCAUUUCCUGUGUGACCCAGGUCCUCUGCUAGCACUUAGCUGUACCAGUGAUCCUGUAGUAGAGUUAGCCAGCUCCACCUUAAGUUCCCUAAUAUUAUUUACCCCCUUUGUCUUUAUUAUGGGCUCCUAUGCUCUGGUUCUCAGAGCUGUUUUGAAAGUUCCUUCAGCAGCAGGGCGACAAAAGGCCUUCUCUACUUGUGGGUCCCAUCUGGCUGUGGUUUCUCUUUUCUAUGGUUCAGUGAUGGUCAUGUAUGUGAGCCCGACCUCUGAGCAUGAAGCUAGAAUGCAGAAGAUUGUGACUUUGUUUUAUUCUGUGAUUACUCCACUCAUUAAUCCUAUUAUAUAUAGUCUGAGAAACAAAGAUAUGAAAUGUGCAAUGAAGAAAUUACUGAGAAAAUAA